UUGGCCCCCGCCCCCCCGCGGGGCCCCGCCCCCCCCGCGCGCCGCCGCCGCCAUGAGCGGGGGGGGGGCAGGACCGGGACCCCCCCCGGGCCCGGGACCCCCCCCGGGAGCGGCCCCGGCCCCGGGAGCGGCCCCGGGAGCCCCGGGCGGGCCCGAGCGGGGCGGGCAGCGCGUGCGGCGCCGCGUGAUGGCGGCCUGGAACAGCGUCAGAUACGGCUGGACGCUGCGGCCCGCGCCCCCACUUCAGCCCUCGGGACCCCCUGCACCUGCUGGGGAGGGUCUACAGCCCGGGCAGCGGGGAGGAGCUGGCCCGGUUCCCGGCGCGAUUUCCGCUCCCGCCUGUGGCUGACGUACCGGAGCGGCUUCCCGGCGCUGCCGGGCACGGCGCGCACCUCGGACUGCGGCUGGGGCUGCACGCUGCGCAGCGCGCAGAUGCUGCUGGCCCAGGGGCUGCUGCUGCACCUGCUGGGCCGCGACUGGAUGUGGCCGGAGGCGCCGCUGGAGCCCGGAGCGGGGGGGGGCCCGCAGGAGCCGAGACCCCCCGGGACGGGCGCGGGACCCCCAAGGGGGAACGGGCACGGGACCCCCCAGAACGGAGCCAGCCCCCCCGGGACGGGCGCGGGGACCCCCCGGGACGGGCGCAGGACCCUCAAGGACGGGCACGGGACCCCCCAGAACGGAGCCAGGACCCCCCAGGAUGGACACCGGGACCCCCCGGGACGGGCACGGGACCCCCAGGGACGGAGCCAGGACCCCCCAGGAUGGACACGACCCCCCUGGAUGGAGCGAGGGUCCCCCGGGACGGACACGGAUCCCCCAGGACGGACAGUGCGGCCCCCCGGGAGGACGCGGGACCCCCCGGGAUGGAGCCAGGACCCCCCGGGAUGGAGCCAGGACCCUCCAGGGUGGACGAGACCCCCCCAGAAUGGGCAGGGACCCCCCAGGAUGGACCACGGAGCGCUCCGGGGGGGACGCGGGACCCCCUGGAACAACCCCGGGACCCCUCGGGACAGUCCCGGGAGCCCCUGGGACAGCUUCAGGACCCCCCGGGACGGGCACGGGACCCCCCAGAACAACCCCAGGCCCCCCUGGAACGGGCACGGGACCCCCUGGAACAGCCCUGGGACCCCCCUGAAACGGGAACGAGACCCUCGGGACAGCCCCGGGACUCCCUGGAACAGCCCCGGGACCCCCCGGAACGGGCACGGGACCCCUCGGGAGAGCCCCGGGACCCCCUGGAACAACCCCGGACCCCCCGGAACGGGCACGGGACCGCUCGGGACAGCCCCCGGGACCCCCCGGUCGCCCCCCGGGAGGCGGGAGCGGCGGCACCGCGCCAUCGUGUCGUGGUUCUGCGACCACCCCCGCGCCCCGUUCGGCAUCCACCGGCUGGUGCAGCUGGGCCGGGAGUUCGGCCGCAGCGCCGGCGACUGGUUCGGCCCCGCCAUCGCCGCCCACCUGCUCCGGGGGGCCGUGGAGUCGUGCGCGGAGACCCCCCGGGCUCGCCGUGUGGCCCAGGAUUGCACCGUGUACAAAGGGGAUGUGGCCAGGUUGGUGAGGGGCGACCGUGAUGGGGGGACGGCGGGACCGGGAGCUCCGGGAACACCGGGACCGGGAACACCGGGGACCGGGAGCUCCGGGAACACCGGGACCGGGAACACCGGGACCGGGAGCGCCGGGACACGGAACAUCGAGGCACGGGACACCGGGAGCUCCGGCGGACACCGGGACCGGGAAAACCGGGAGCUCCAGGAACGUCGGGAUCACCGGGAAUGCCGGGAUUGGGAACACCGGGACCGGGAGCACCGGAACCGGAACAGCCCCGGGCUCAUCCUGCUGGUCCCGGCGCGCUUGGGGGGCGAGAACCUGAACCCGGUGUACGUGGAGUGCGUCAAGUCGCUGCUGCAGCUCCGCUCCUGCCUCGGCAUCAUCGGCGGCAAGCCCCGGCACUCGCUCUUCUUCCUCGGCUUCCAAGGUGAUUCCCUGCUCUACCUGGACCCGCACCUCUGCCAGCCCUGCGUGGACCCCACCCGCGAGGAUUUCCCUCUCCAGUCGUUCCACUGCUGCUUCCCGCGGAAAAUGCCCUUUGGGAGGAUGGACCCCAGCUGCACCCUCGGGUUCUACGCGCGCGGGACGGAGCUGGGGCAGCUCUGGGGGGACCUGGCCCGGGUGCUGGCCCCCCCCCGGUACCCCAUCUUCACCCUGGCCGAGGGUCUCGCUCAGGACCAAGCCCUGGACCCCCCCCCCGGGCCGCCCCCUCCCCUCCCCCGCCGGGGGAAGCGCCCCAAAAAACCCAACUCGGAGGAGUUCGUUCUGCUGUGAGACCCCCGAGACCCCUCCCCAAAAACACUGGAACGGCCCCGCGGCUCCGGGGGGGGGCUGAGGGCACUGCCCCCUCCUCAAAUUGGGGCUGGUUUGGGUCACUGCUGCCCCCCCCCCCCACACACACACACACUCCGGGACCCCCAAAACUCCCGGGACCCCCCGAAUUCUGGGACUCCCCCAAAACUCCCGGGACCCCCCGAAUUCUG